CUUGACCUUCCACAAUCACCUCCCUCAAAACAUGACCGUUUAGAAAAUAGCAUAAAUUUUGUCCAAUCCAAAUGCCUCCACUAUUGAAAACAGCUCUAAUGAUUUUCCGCCGAGCAUCGUUUGACCCAGGUUUACCGUCUGACGAGUUUUCCGAACAAUGGACGCAUCCAGGUGAUGUGUUUUCAGUUCUCCUGAUUCUUGGGGGCGAUGUUGUGGGAAGGGCGCUUGCUCAGGUAGCGGGCGCUGGCUUUACGCCGGUAACUUUCUCAUUUGGAUGGGUCGCCUACGCCGUCACCGCCGUAGUCUCUGCUGUUGGAGAGAACAAACUCAUGCCGCUGCCGGAUUGCGCGUGCAAGGUCAUCAAUGGCAAGUCGAGUUAUGUGCGCGACAAUACUAGCUGGAUACUAGGACGCAUCAUGAGAGACUACGAAUACUGGAUGGAUGAUGCAAUACGCGCACGAGUCAGGAACAUGAUUGGGGAGGGUUACCAAGCUGAUUAUGAACGAGCUAUGAGGGAAAAUCCCGGUUCAGAAGUAAACGUAACUCGUCGCACACAGGCAGGGCUCUGCGUGUCCUUCUAUCGCGCGGGGCGAGCAAAAAUUGGCACAAUCUACCUUGAUAAGGUAUAUGUCAGCGGCUUCUUUAUUGCUCUAGUCCAGCUUGGUGUCGCGGCUAUUCCAUGUGGCAUAUGGGGAGACUGGUCGAUUCUGCUCAUCACCGCGGCUGGCAUUGGGCUGGCCUUCGUAUCAGGCUCGCUCUCUCAGUGGCGGAAGGAAAAGUGGGCGUGCCGAACUGGCCAUGGCAAGACCGUGGUAUUGACGCGCGGAAACGGUUCCCAGCAUGCCAUUGUUAUCAGCGACCCCGACGAGAUAGGUCUUGAUCUAGAAACUCUGGCAGCAGGCCAAGCUAGCCUUGAUUUAUCCACUUCGCUUUCCACACGCAUCCUCGUUGGACUCCUUGCGGUGCUGUGGGUUUUGCUGCUUAUAUCUGCAUCGGGCAUUAAGAAAAACACCUGGUUUCUUCUUGCCGUCGGGGGCAUCGGCAUAGUUCAGAACAUAUUUGUUGCGGGCUGGCGACGGAAACCCGAAGCUUUUGGCUUGCCACUCCACUACGAGAACGUCAUUGGGAUGCCCAAGGUGAUGGAUGCACUGUAUGAAGUCGAGAAGGCGCACCCUGGGCUCGGCUUUAGUAUGCGCGAAACAUUUUUCCCUAGCGGCAUGCUUAAUGAUGAUGAAGAGAGGGAAUGGGCACGGUACGCGCAAAUAGUGAGGGAUAUGAACGCUGAGGCUGCACAGAGAGCAGCAUCUCGAAUACAAGCACAACCAGGCUUCGGGUGUUCAAGCUGAGCCUCCUCAGACUUCCACUUAGACUUAAGCGAACGGUCAAGGGUAAGCUGGGAUGGCUAUUGAACUUACUAAUAUGACUGGCUCAAAAUCCCGAUCUCCAGCUAAUUUAUUCAGGAGAAUAUUAUGGUAAAUGACGGCGUUUGGUUGUAACUUACCGUGUUUUUAUUUGUAUCUAUAAUGUAUUUCACAAAGCGAAUCGGUCACCUAAGCGA